CCGCCAGCUGAGGUCAGAAGGAGGCGGCCAGGGCGUCCGAGCAGAGCGUCUGCGCCGAGCGGGGCAGCCGCGCGCCGGAGCCUGAGCCGGAGCCGAGGACAGCCGGGGCCGGGGCCCGAGCCGAGCGGAGCCCGAGCGAGCGGCCGAGCCCGUGCCCCUCCCUCCUCGCCCCGCGCGCCGCGGCCAGGCCCGGCAUGGAGGAGGACUGCCGGGUGCUCUCCAUCCAGAGCCACGUCGUCCGCGGCUACGUGGGCAACCGGGCGGCCACGUUCCCGCUGCAGGUUUUGGGAUUUGAGAUCGACGCGGUGAACUCUGUCCAGUUUUCAAACCACACAGGCUAUGCCCACUGGAAGGGCCAAGUGCUGAAUUCAGAUGAGCUCCAGGAGUUGUACGAGGGCCUGAAGCUGAACAACGUGAAUAAAUAUGACUACGUGCUCACAGGUUAUACGAGGGACAAGUCGUUCCUGGCCAUGGUGGUGGACAUCGUGCGUGAGCUGAAGCAGCAGAACCCCGGGCUGGUGUACGUGUGUGAUCCGGUCCUGGGUGACAAGUGGGACGGCGAAGGCUCCAUGUACGUCCCAGAGGACCUCCUUCCUGUUUACAAAGAAAAGGUGGUACCAGUUGCAGAUAUUAUCACGCCCAACCAGUUUGAGGCCGAGUUACUGAGUGGCCGGAAGAUCCACAGCCAGGAGGAAGCCUUGGCGGUGAUGGACAUGCUGCACUCCAUGGGCCCCGACACGGUGGUCAUCACGAGCUCCGACCUGCCCUCCCCUCGGGGCAGCGACUACCUGAUUGUGCUGGGGAGCCAGAGAAGGAGGAGUCCUGACGGCUCCACCGUGAUGGAGCGCAUCCGGAUGGACAUUCGCAAGGUGGACGCCGUCUUUGUGGGCACUGGGGACCUGUUUGCUGCCAUGCUCCUGGCGUGGACACACAAGCACCCCAGCAACCUCAAGGUGGCCUGUGAGAAGACUGUGUCUGCCAUGCACCAUGUUCUUCAGAGGACCAUCAAGUGUGCAAAAGCCCAGGCCGGGGAAGGAGUGAGGCCCAGCCCCAUGCACCUGGAGCUGCGGAUGGUACAGAGCAAAAGGGACAUCGAGGAGCCGGAGAUCGUCGUCCAGGCCGCGGUGCUGUGAGGGCCGCACAGCUCCCUGUGACGCGCAGUGCGUCGGUGUCUCCGUGUCUGUCCCUGUGAAAACAUGUAACGUCUGCCUUAGAGCCAUGACCGAAACUUGAUCUUUUUUUCUUUCAUGAGUGUCCGGCAUCCGCUGGUCUUCAUUGUGAAAUGUGCCAGUCGUGCUUUGUGAAAAGUAACAAAGCAGUUACAGAAA